AUGGCGAACAAGACGGACGCCGCCAACGCCGAAAAUGCACCCAUCUCCAAGGGCGAGGCGGAUACCGGGCUCAAAAAGCGAAGUUCCACCUCCAAAGAAAGUGUUACAGAAGUAGAAGUCGGCGAAGUGCAUGUAACCAAGAUUGACGAGGACGACGACGAGGACAAGCCCGAGUAUGUGGACGGGGCUCCCGUCAUUCGAACAGGCCAUGAUGUCGCCAAAUAUCUCAUCUCGGACCGAGAUGACGGCGACGCUGCCUUGACCUUCCGCUCCAUCACCAUUGGCACUAUCCUCACGCUGCUCUCCAGUGCCACCACCGGUCUAUCCAUGUUCAAACCCGUCAAUAUUAACAUUUCCGAUAUUUUUGAGCUGUUCAUUGUGUAUGCCAUGGGCACUGCUUGGGCCAAGUGUACACCGAACGCGGACCGCUUUAAGAACAAGUACAUUGCGAGUGCUUGCCGCUUCAUGAAGUUUGGCCAGCCAUUCACCAUCAAAGAGCACGUCAUUGCGACUUUCUUGUCGAGCUCCUCCACCAACGGCAAUCUGGCUGUCAACAUCUUCGCCACGGAGCGCCUGUUCUUUGAAAUCACUCGUCCGGCCUGGAUGGUCAUCCUCACCAUCUUCUCGUCCAUCUUUUGUGGUCUCGCCGUCGCCGGUUUCCUCCGCUCCAUUGUGGUCUACCCCUCCGAAAUGGUGUACUGGGGCGUGCUGCCCGCCGUGACGCUCUUCCAGAAGCUGCACUUUGGCGGCGACACCGACGUCGACAAGUCGGCCAUGAAGAAGUUCGGCUGGGUUGCCACAGGCACAGCCAUCUGGCAGGUCAUCCCGACGUACAUGAUGCCUUGGCUCACGGCCAUUUCCAUCCCGUGCUUGGCUACCAUCCGCUCGCCCAUGGAGACGCGAAAGAUUGUAUCAGCCAUCUUUGGCGGCUCAACAGCCAACCAAGGUCUCGGUGUUUUGAGUUUGUCGCUCGACUGGAACCUGAUUGGUAGCUGGAACCUGUCCUUCCCGCUCAAGGCACAGAUCAGUUUGUGGAUUGGUAUCGCCAUGUCGACGCUCAUCCUGCCGCUGGCUUACUACACCAAUACGUUUGAGGCGAGAAAGUAUCCCUUCCUGUCGCAUGCCAUGUUCCUGCCCAACGGCACCGUCUUUGACUCCAAGAAGAUAACGGACAGCCAAGGCAUCAUCGGCCCCAUGAAGCUGGAAGAAGUUGGCCUGCCGAGUCUGACGGCCUCGAGUAUUCUCAGCAUCAUCGGCUCCAACAUGGCGGUUGGUGCUAUCCCUCUGCACAUCAUCCUAUUCUACUACAAGGACAUUAUGAAAUCGUGGAAGCAAUACCGCACGGGCACCCAGACCGACCCCCAUUAUCUGGCCAUGCGCAAGUACAAGGAAGUGCCCCUGUGGUGGUACGGCGCCAUUUUUGCAGCCACAGUCAUUUCCGGCCUCGUCGUCAACAUUUGGGGCAACACCACCCUCCCCGUCGCCGGCUACAUUGUCUCACUUAGUACGGCCAUUGCCAUUUCCCCCUUGCUUUGCUUCAUGACCGCCAUUUACGGCUUCUUCAUCAUCGGCUCCAUUUCAGACAUGAUGGCGGGUGCCCUCUACCCUGCCCGCCCGCUGGCUAGCUUGUACUUUGCCAACUGGAACACGUCCAUGAUGCUGCUUGCCGUGCGUCUGUGCUACUGGCUGAAGCUGGGGCAGUACACCAAGAUCCCUCACCGCGUCAUGCUGGGCAUCCAAAUGUACGGUGCCAUUCUAGGUGUAGCGGUCUAUUACCCCCUCAUGGUGAGUGUGGUAGAGAGUCAGCGCGAAAUUCUUCUUGAUCCGCUCGGAAAUCGUAUCUGGUCCGGCGCGUGGUUCCAGCGUGACUUGGCCAGUCUGGUGACGUGGUCCAUGGUGAAGGAUAUGUACGGCUUGGGCGGCAAAUACCCAAUUGUCUCUGUCAGUUUUGGUAUCGGCGCUCUGUUGCCUGUAAUUCACUUAGGCAUUACUAAAUUGUUCCCUGCCACCAAGAAAUGGCAAAUCAACACGCCUUUCCUGGCCGUGGCUUGCCUACGCGUGCCGCGAGGUCUGGCUGCGGGUGACUGGACCGGCUUUGGCAUUGGUAUCUUCUCGCAAGUCUACCUGCGCCGCUACCGUCCCAAGAUUUUUAACCGCUACAAUUAUCUAAUUGGAGCCGCCCUGGAUGGCGGUGCCUCCAUCACACUCUUUAUCAUGACCAUUGCCGUCUUUGGCGCGUUUGGUAAACAAUACCUCUUCCCAACGUGGUGGGGAAACCCUGAAGGUCCCCCCGACCACUGCGUAAAGACUGGAUAA